AUGGGCCAAAUGGGGAAAAAUGUGAUGGUUUUGUGUUUCAUUAUGUUCUUGUUUCUUGGAGGUGUCACUUCAGUUCCUACUACUACUUCACCAGCAAAGAUUGUUGCUGGGUUUUUCUCAAAUGUCGUGUCUGCUUUCAUGAAGUGGCUAUGGUCUCUCAAAGCCACCACCAAAACAGUGAUCUCUGGUCGUCCAAUGAUGAAGUUUGAGAGUGGGUAUACUGUGGAGACAGUGUUUGAUGGAAGCAAGCUCGGGAUUGAGCCUUACUCUGUGCAGGUGUUGCCCAGUGGAGAGCUUCUGAUUUUGGACUCUGCUAACAGUAACAUUUACAGGAUAUCUUCUUCUCUGUCUCUCUACAGCAGACCUAAGCUAGUUGCUGGAUCCCAUGAAGGAUACUCUGGACAUGUAGAUGGAAAGUUAAGAGAGGCAAAGAUGAACCACCCAAAAGGGCUUACUGUAGAUGAUAGAGGAAACAUUUAUAUCGCAGACACCAUGAAUAUGGCAAUCAGGAAGAUAAGUGAUGCAGGGGUUACAACAAUUGCUGGAGGGAAAUGGGGCCGAGGGAGCCAUGUUGACGGGGCAAGUGAAGAUGCAAAGUUUUCUAAUGAUUUUGAUGUGGUUUACAUUGGAAGCAGUUGCUCCCUACUUGUUGUAGACAGAGGAAACCGAGCCAUCAGAGAGAUCCAGCUGCAUUUUGAUGACUGUGCUUAUCAAUAUGGAAGUGGUUUUCCUCUUGGAAUUGCAGUGCUGGUAGCAGCUGGCUUCUUUGGAUACAUGCUAGCAUUGCUGCAGCGUAGGGUGGGAAUGAUUGUUUCUCCUCAGAAUGUUGCAAUGAAAACAAGCACUACAGGAAUUCCUUAUCAGAAGCCUAUCCAAUCAUUCAGGCCACCUUUAAUCCCGACAGAAGAUGAACAGGAGAAGCAUGAAGAAGGACUAUUUGGGUCCCUUGGCAAGCUUGUCAUCAACACUUGGGCAUCUAUUGCAGAAAUUUUGGGAGGUGUAGUUCCCAGUUUUAGAAAGAAGCCACUCGGCUAUCAAUAUCAAAACCAGCAGCAGCAGCAGAAGCAAUCAACUUCUUGGCCUGUGCAAGACAGCUUUGUGAUACCAGAUGAAGAUGAGCCUCCUUCAAUUGAAACCAGAACCCCAACGCCAAGGAAAACCUACCCAUUCAUGUCGAAGGAUACAGAAAAGAUGCAUCAAUGGCGACAAGGUCAUUCUAUCUAUAGUGGGUGGGAUGGUGAUUUUCAGCAGCAGCAACAGCAACAGAAACAGAAACAGCAGUAUCAUCAUCGGUAUCAAUUCUCUACCCCACAUACUUACUAUGAGCAAAGCUGUGAGAAAACCAAUGAGAUUGUAUUUGGGGCAGUUCAAGAGCAGGAUGGGAAGCAUGAAACUAUGGUGAUAAAGCCUGUUGAUUAUGGAGCUCCCAUACACAACCACCACAGCAUUCGUUCUCGAACCAAUUCUCUGCGUUAUGCUAAUGGGUAUUAA